CUCUAGCAGCAGCGGAGAAAAAAAAGAAAAACCCUCAGACCUAAAAUCUCAAAUCAUUUCUCUCCAAUUCUUCUUCUCCUAUUGCGAAAGCUCUGAGUGAGUAAGGAUUUUUGUUUUGAUACUGUUUGGACAAUGGCGUUGAGAACAACGAAUGUGCUGAAAAAUGCAAUGGGGAGUUUAGGGUGUAGAUUAAGUUGCAUACGGUGUGUUCAUGCUGCACCUGCUCCGUUGGAAAAUGCAAUGGCUCGUCCAAUUGAAAAUCAGUUUGUGUUCCCUGGUUGUGAUCGAGAAAUGGAGAAUGAUAAUAGAAUUGAAGUGCCGACUUUCGGUUUUGGUGGUUCAAUGGAACUUAUGGCUGUCCCAAAGAAAAAGAUCUCUAAGUUUAGGAGAGGCAUAAGAAAUGGACCAAAGGCGCUGAAACCAAUACCGGUGAUAAUACGUUGCAGGGGUUGUGGUCGAGUUAAGCUCCCACACUUUUUUUGUUGCAGUGGAGAAAGAGGGAUCCCUGGUGAACAAAAUUAGCCUAGCAACUGAAAGUUGGUCGAAGGUUAAGGAGAAAUCGAGUAUAGGUGGUAUAACUUAUGGAUUUUGAGAAAUUACGUUUUCCAAUUCAUUUUAGUGCGUCUAGUGCUGAUCUACAAAACAUUUUGGUCUGAUAUAAGUUCGUCUUCAAGUUUAUGACAUAAAACUGUUUUGUGUUACUUGCUGUAGCCACCCCAUUUUAUUUGACAUGUGUUUACUAUCACAAGGAACAGAAAUGUCUAUUCACACAGUAUAUUCUGAAUUUUGGCUAAUUUUUUUAUUUCUUCUGCA